GGGGUUUUUUCACGGCACCUUUUAUGGAACUAGUGUUAAAUGACACUGAGUAGAAACUUUGACUUUGUCAUUUUUCUUGUGAUUCGGAAUCUAUCAUCUGCGGACUUCUCGCUGACUUUUUGCGGUUAACUGUCUGUUGCUUUCGUGAACCUGAAUCCUUAGCUCCUCGGAUCUAAUCUCUAUUUCAUCAGUUCAGUUCUAUUUGUGUUGAUCCUCACCCGCUUACAUUUGAUCAAUCUCUUCUUGCCUGCCCAGUAUCACGAGGCUUAUUCUCCAUCUGCGGGAUCCGUAACCCCCGAAUGACUUGGAAUCUUGGUCAUGCUCGCUUUUUCUGCCCACUUGUUGCUUUUGCUGUAAAACUAGUCCCCACCCAUUAGCAUCGCUGCUGUAUCUCGAGGGAACUGUGUUUCAUCUCUGGCACCCUCUUUACCCUGUGGAUUCCUACGCUUGGCUUUUAAAUGCCUUUUAUCAAGAAUUCCAAUGUACUGGAUGCAGUACCGAAUGAACUCCCAGGUGAAAACAUUAUGUCAACCAUAGAGAGCGUCCUUAUAGAACCAUAUGAGUAUCUCGCCAAAAACGCGGGCAAAGAGAUAAGGGAUGAACUAAUUUUUGCCUUUAAUCACUGGCUCCAAGUACCUGAAAAGUAUAUAAAUGUUAUUUCGGACAUCGUGCGUAUGCUGCAUAAUGCCAGUUUGAUUAUUGACGAUAUCGAAGAUCAGUCAAACCUCCGACGUGGCAAACCUGCUGCUCAUUGUGUUUUUGGAACAGCAUCCUCACUGAAUUCGGCAAAUUACGUUUACUUUCUGGCUCUUAACAAACUGAAUGAACUUAACCAUCCGGAUGCGGUGUCCAUUUUUACGGAACAAAUGUUGGAACUGCAUCGUGGCCAAGGUAUGGAUAUCUUCUGGCGCUCCUAUUUUCGUUGCCCUUCUGAAUCUGAAUAUAAAGCGAUGGCGAUACGAAAAACUGGUGGCCUGUUUGGAUUAGGUCUGCGUUUGAUGCAACUAUUCUCUGAAAACAAGACUGACUUCAGUGAGCUUCUGGAGUAUCUAGGACUCAUAUUUCAAAUUCGUGACGAUUAUGCCAACCUGGUGGACACUUCAUACCACAAGUCUAAAACAUAUGCCGAUGACCUAACGGAAGGAAAAUUUAGUUUCCCAAUUGUCUACUCCAUCCAAUCAUUUCCACAAGACAACCAAGUGUCAAGUAUUCUCUUUCAACGCACAAGUAACUUUUCGGUAAAGCAACAGUGUGUGAGACACAUGGCUGAACUGGGUGCUCUUGAUUACACAGUGAGCACAUUGUUUUCGCUGGAACAGAAGUCCUACAACUUGUCAUUAUUGUUCGAGAGCCACCACUUUGAAUUUGCCCAUUCACGAGAUUUCGGGAUAAGUUGCUUGGUGUUCUGUUUUAUCAUGUUUGAAAAUUUCAUUUUAUUCUCAUACUUUGUGGUUUAAGCUAUUUAACCUCUUUUUGUUCAUUCACAGGUGCUACGAGUUAAUCGCAAAACACGGAGGAAACACCCAUCUGUCUGAAUUUUUGAAAAGACUUGGUCAAGUUUAUCGAACACCUGAAGGCCAGCUACGAAAGCAUCAGCCGAAUGAUUUUUGUCACACAAACCACUUAAAUGAAACAUUAUCUUGACCCCUUCCUUUGCAUAGUUUCAUAUAUUGUUUAUUUUCGAAACCGAGUGUCAUAUCCGUUCCUCAGUGGAUUGCGCCAUUUGCAAAAUCAUGUGACCAUCUUUUUCACCGUGUUGAUUUUACUUUUCGCAAAUAAAAACCAAAUUACAGUUCAUUUUCCUUUGAUUGAAGCUCAACUCGUUAGCGAUGUUGUUUCUCCUUCUAGCGUAAUCUCACUUCGCGUAAUCUUUCCACGUGUACUGAUUUAUUUUUAACCAGCAUUACAUAUCUUUUAUUGAUUC